ACGUAAAAACAAAGCGUCUCGUUUGUUGGUUGACUUGGAUUUUUGGACCCGGUACUCGGUAGCAAAACGGAUUAUUCUACCUUGAAUUUUGUUGAUCUUUCAAACCGAAAAAACUGCUGUAGUAAUUCCAGUUUAGGAAGCAUACAAAGUAGUACAAAUCACAAAAAUGUCAACAAUUAUCGAUCCGGAACUACGCACAAAAAUCGACACUGCCUGCCGGACGGCGGAAGAAUUCACUAAGCUGUACUACGAAAGUGUGGACAAAAAGCGACAUCAGAUGGCGCGGCUCUACAUGGAUAACGGGUUGCUAGUUUGGAACGGAAAUGGCGCAACCGGAAAAGACAACAUCCAAAAGUAUUUCCAGGAGUUACCCCGGUCGGAGCACGUAAUGAACACUCUCGAUGCGCAGCCGAUUGUCGAUGAUGCGGUUUCGUCGCAGCUCACCUUCAUCAUUCAGGUUGCCGGUACGGUCAAGUUCCAGGAUAAUCCCACAAAACCAUUCCAGCAGACAUUCAUGAUUACGGCUCAGGGUGACAAGUGGAAGAUCGCCAGCGAUUGCUUCCGGCUGCAGGAUGCUAUUUUUUAGAUUAUAAGUGGAACAAUGGAAAUGUAUACAUAUUUUAACCAGAAAAACGAAUUGAUCAAAAGAAACAUUUUCAA